GGAAAGCGGAAGUACACGCCGGUUCGACUUUUUCUCGCUCUCACUUUCUCUCCCCUCCCCUCACUUCAGCGUUAAAGAAGCCAUUUUCAAUUUCAUAACAGAGAAUACCAAGGAGAAAGGGGAAAUUUGACGAAAGACAGAAGCCAAGAAUAAGAGCUUGUCAAGUCGGAUAUCAAGUUCUUUUGUCGAGAGCAGUACUUUUUGAAGUCUUCUUGAAAUGUUUUCCUUGUCCUCCACGGUGCAGCCGCAGGUAACAAUCCCUCUCAGCCACCUCAUCAGUGCCUUUCAUUCAUUAAAAAGCUCUGUCAGUACUGCUUCUAUUCAGUGUCUUCACAAAGACAAUUCCACUGAAAGUGAUCUUUACAGCACUGAGCCUGCAGUAAACAUUCGUGAAUUAGGAUUGAACGAUCUCAGAACAACUCAGCUUGAAGAACUUGUGAAUAGACUUCUUCCUAGCCUUACUGCAGACCAGUGCCCGAACAGCUCACGCUGGAAAACCUCCUACAUCUCUGCAGAAUCUUUCUUUCAUAAUAAAAAUGGCUUUUCCAGUGCUUCUUUGGGUCUCAUGGGUUCGUGGGAUUCAUACAGACAGCACCAUAGUCCUCUUCGGAGAGUGUGUUCAGAUCUUCAGCAUUGGCCAGUUUUUAUCCAGACUCGUGGCUUUAAAACUCUGAAAUCAAAAACGAGGCGUUUGCAGUCAUCAUCGGAAAGACUUGCGGAGCCUGAGAGCUAUGGUUCAUCCUUUAUGAAGGGCCUUUUGAUGCGAGACAAAGGAUUGGAGGUUGAAAGUUUAGAAAAGUUAAUGAAAAAUAAGAAUAUUUCUGAAGCUCAUCAGGAUGCUUUUAAGACUGGUUUCGCAGAAGGAUUCUUGAAAGCUCAGUCAAUCACGCAAAGAACACAUGAUUCUCUACGGAGAACAAGACUGUUUCUACUGAUUCUCCUUCUGAUUGGUAUUUAUGGCUUGUCAAGAACCCCAUUCUUAUCUGGUAAAGGCUCCUUUUCUGAUGCUGUUCGAUUCCGAACAACAUCAGGUCUUGAUGCAGCUGUUGAUCCAAUUCAGAUGAAAAAUGUCACCUUUGAACAUGUGAAAGGGGUAGAGGAAGCUAAGAAUGAAUUACAAGAAGUUGUGGAAUUUCUUAAAAGCCCUCAGAAAUUCACAAUGUUGGGUGGAAAACUUCCCAAAGGCAUCCUUUUGGUUGGACCUCCGGGUACUGGAAAAACUCUGCUAGCCCGAGCAGUGGCGGGUGAAGCAGAUGUUCCUUUCUAUUAUGCCUCUGGAUCAGAGUUUGAUGAAAUGUUUGUUGGUGUGGGAGCCAGUCGUAUCAGAAAUCUUUUUAGAGAGGCAAAAGCAAAUGCACCAUGUGUUAUAUUUAUUGAUGAGUUGGAUUCUGUUGGUGGAAAACGAAUUGAGUCACCAAUGCACCCAUAUUCUAGACAGACUAUCAAUCAGCUUCUGGCAGAAAUGGAUGGAUUCAAACCCAACGAAGGUGUCAUCAUAAUCGGAGCAACAAAUUUCCCUGAAGCCUUAGAUAAUGCCUUGAUUCGUCCUGGACGCUUUGAUAUGCAGGUGACUGUGCCCAAACCUGAUGUGAAAGGUCGGACUGAAAUUCUGAAAUGGUAUCUGAACAAAAUUAAAGUGGAUUCAGGUGUAAAUGCAGAAAUAAUAGCAAGAGGAACAGUUGGGUUCUCUGGAGCAGAUUUGGAAAAUUUGGUAAAUCAGGCAGCAUUGAAGGCCGCUGUAGAUGGGAAGGAUGUGGUAACAAUGAAGGAGCUGGAAUUUUCUAAAGAUAAAAUUCUAAUGGGCCCAGAACGCAGAAGUGUGGAGAUUGACAAGAAAAACAAAACAAUCACGGCCUACCAUGAAUCUGGACACGCUAUUGUUGCGUACUAUACCAAAGAUGCAAUGCCUAUAAAUAAGGCAACAAUAAUGCCAAGGGGACCUACGCUCGGACAUGUGUCAUUACUUCCAGAAAAUGACAGAUGGAGUGAAACCCGCUCUCAGUUGCUGGCUCAAAUGGAUGUCAGCAUGGGAGGAAGAGUUGCUGAGGAGCUCAUUUUUGGAAAUGAUAACAUCACCACAGGUGCAUCAAGUGAUUUUGAUAGUGCAACAAGGAUAGCAAAGAUGAUGGUGACCAAGUUUGGAAUGAGCGAGAAGCUUGGAGUCAUGACAUACGGGGAUACUGGAAAACUCAGCCCUGAAACACAAGCAGCUAUUGAGCAUGAAGUGCGAAUACUCCUGAAGGACUCGUAUGACCGAGCCAGAAGCCUCUUGAAGACUCACGCAAAAGAACACAAAGACUUGGCUGUUGCUUUAUUGACAUACGAGACCCUGGAUGCUAAAGAAAUUCAAAUGAUCUUGGAAGGAAAGAAGCUUGAGAUGAGAUGAUGUUUUCCCAUCUUAAACGGACUCUGAGCAAUCUGAAUGUAAAUAUGCAGACAAAGAAGAUGGGGGGUGGGGGUGAGGAAGACGGCUGCUGAAUGAAACUUGACAAGAAGGUUUCUGUUUGUUUGUUUGUUUGUUUUUUUCCAACAUAUACCCGUACACUUUUAGCAUUUUCUUCCAGCUUAUGCUGAAGAGCAGAUAUUCCUGGAAAGACUGACUGACUUUCAUUGGGAACGACGACAGACUGCUGCCAUUUCCCUUUCUGUGUGCAGUGCUUGAAAUACUGGUGCUUCCAUAGAAGUAAAGAGUCUCAGGGUCACAGCCAGUGGGUCAGGAAAGCCUCCAUGCUAUUUUGUACAAUGAAUAAGAUGUUUAUCUAUUUAUUUUAUUACUUUAAGGCCGUGAAUCCUAAUAACCAGCGAGGAGUAGGCAGCCAGUAUAUUUUAUUACUGCUGUUUUUGAAGUCUUGUGAUGUCGGCUGCAUGUUUUGUCCUCAUUCUAUCAUCGAUUUACUUGUAAAUUGAAAUACAUAUUUACCAUUUUUUUAGUGGUUUCUUUCCAUUUUAGUGGUUACAUUUUUAGAGUGCACAAGUUCAGUAGUUAUUUUUAUAUUCUUUGCCCCCAGCAUCACAUUGCCAUUAUGGUAUUUAUUAAUGGGAGAACCUUAUUUAGUUCACUUUGCAAACCUCGCUUAUAUUUUCUAGUCUGCAAAAUCAAUUCCAAGUAAUCAAGUAAAGGUAAAACGUUGAACCCAGCUUUUAAUUGUAAAUGAUUUAUACAGUAAAAGUGAACAAAAUAUAAUAAAUCUGCCAUUCCUCUGCAGUUAUUAUAGGAAUCCUUAAUGGAUUAAUUUACGAAUUGCCUCAGUGGUGAAUUUUGUAUUUGAACAGAAUCUGAAAUAAAAUCCUAAGGUAAGCCUUUCAAAAAAUUUGUUUAAAAAAAAGAUUUAAAAUAAAAGAUACUGUUGGGUGGUAAUUGACAUUUUCACAAGUGUGUCGAGAUUCCUGGCCGCAAAACAAACACUAAAAUACUUGAAAUGUUCAGUUUUAAUCCCCUUUAAAAUACUUUUUAAAGCUGUCUUCACUUCAAAUGUUUAAUCCUGAGCUUUAGCAUAAUUUUGAGGUGUGACUAAAUUGAUAAAUGAUUUUAAGUACAUGAAUUUUUUUUUUUGAUUGGUUGGUUGCGCACUCGUUGACAUUUUGAAAAUUUCAAAUUCUAAAUGCAGACAUUCCUAGUAAGCCGAGGUCCUCCCUUCUGCGGCCUCUCGUUGCCCACACUGAUGUGGUGUAGCAGUUUCAGCCCCACGUCUGUGUGUAGGAAACGCAUUUGUCUGAAAACGGUUUCAACUGAACACUUCAGAUUAUUUGUUUCAAAAAUAUUGUUUCAUCUGGUUCUUGCAGCAGUGAUCAGGAUCUACUGCCAUUUCCAUCCCUUGCAAUAAUUGCACAUUUGCGGUUUCCAUCCUUCUGUAAGAUGCCUGAUAUUUAACCAUUUUAUUUGCACAUUUGUUAUUGCUCUUAGCUUUAAAAUGUAUGUUUGCAUUUGUUUUCCUUUGUGUAUCUGUUCAUGUAUAUAAACUAAAGAAGUAAAAAUAAAUCAUAAUCAAAUGCCUUUAA